GUCUAUCCCUGCGGCUCUCCGGGAUGAAGCUGAAGAAGCAGGUGACGGUGUGUGGAGCUGCCAUCUUCUGUGUCGCCGUCUUCUCCCUCUACUUGAUGCUGGACAGGGUGCAGCAUGACCCCGCGCGCCACCAGAGUGGGGGCAACUUCCCCAGGAGCCAGAUCUCAGUGCUGCAGAACCGCAUCGAGCAGCUGGAGCAGCUGCUGGAGGAGAACCAUGAGAUCAUCAGCCACAUCAAGGACUCGGUGCUGGAGCUGACGGCCCACGCAGAGGGGCAGUCGGCGCUGCCCCGCCACACGCCCAACAGCUCCUGGGUGCUGCCCCCUGAGAGUCGCCCCAGCUUCCUCUCGGUCUCCCCACAGGACUGCCAGUUUGCCCUGGGGGGCAAGGGACAGAGCCCAGACCUGCAGAUGCUGGCUGUGUACUCCCUGCUGCCCUUUGACAACCAGGACGGCGGCGUCUGGAAGCAGGGCUUUGACAUCACCUACGAGCCCAGCGAGUGGGACGCAGAGCCCCUGCAGGUGUUCGUGGUGCCACACUCCCACAACGACCCGGGCUGGAUCAAGACCUUCGACAAGUACUACUACGACCAGACGCAGCACAUCCUCAACAGCAUGGUGCUGAAGAUGCAGGAGGACCCGCGCCGGCGCUUCAUCUGGUCUGAGAUCUCCUUCUUCUCCAAGUGGUGGGACAACAUCAGCGCCCAGAAGCGGGCUGCGGUGCGGAGGCUGGUUGGCAACGGGCAGCUGGAGAUGGUGACGGGUGGCUGGGUGAUGCCCGAUGAGGCCAAUUCCCACUACUUCGCCAUGAUCGACCAGCUGAUUGAGGGGCACCAGUGGCUGGAGAAGAACAUCG